AUUUUGCCGCGCGUGGGAGGAGUCGUGCUAUUCCCGCCAAAGAUCUGUCAAAUUGUCAAAAUCGGGAUAAGUUUACGUGUGUGAGGUUGUUUAUUUUUGUUUUAAUUAAAUCAUUUAGUGUAAUAAAUCCAAAAAAUGUCUAAAUUAGACGAUAGUGAAGAUAAUUGGAUUGCUACGAUGGAUAGCCUUUGUUCAGAUUUAAACGUCGACCCUGUGGCAGCCAAAAAAUCGAAGGAGUCUUUUUUAGAAAUAAAACGAAAUUAUUCUUUAGAUGGUGAUUCAUUGCACUGGAUGGCAUGUGCCCUGUAUGUAGCAUGUCGGACAUCCAUAACUCCCACAGUGCAGUCUGGAACGGCUGUGGAAGGAAACUGUGUCAGCCUUACAAAGCUACUGAGACUUUGCAACAUAAGUCUUAUCCAGUUUUUCAAAAAAAUCAAGAACUGGAUGGAGAUGGCUUCAAUGUCAACUGAAUUCAGAGAUAGAAUAUCACAUUUGGAGCACAAGUUUGCAGUGUCCACUGUUCUAUAUAGGAACUUCCAGCCUAUCUUCCAACAGAUAUUUUCUGGCUUAACAAAUGAACCUUUGAAGGCCAGUACUAAAAGAAGGCCUAAGACUCAGCCAUGUACAACAAAUGCGUUGUUUGAAUUCACAUGGUGUUUGUACAUAUGCGUAAAAGGGGAGUUCCACAAGUCAGCCCAUGAUCUUGUAGAUAUGUACCAUUUGCUGCUAGCAUGUUUAGACUUUGUGUUUGGAAAUGCAUUUAUGGACCGAAGGAUUGAUUUGAUCAACCCAGCUUUUAAAGGUUUGCCAAGUGACUGGUUACAAGAUGAUUUCAAAUUGCCAUCAACAACACCCUGCAUAAUGCCUGCAUUGUGUGAAAUAAAAAAUGGGCUACUGGUAGAUGCUGCUGCAACAAAAGAAUACUGCUGGAAGCCUGUAGUGAAAUCAUUUUUCGAGAAACAAAUUUUAAAGGGUGACAUUGAGCAACUGAGUGGAGUCCUCGAAGUUGGAACUUUUGACCAAAAUCUUAAAUCAUUGAACAAUUUAUAUGAAACCUAUGUGCUAAGUGUUGGAGAAUUCGAUGAACGUAUAUUUUUAGGUGAACAUGCAAAUGAACAAAUUGGUACAACAAACAAAGUUUCUGGUGAUGAAAUAUCACAAGUUAUUGCUACAUUUGGGCCGAGCAAUCGCGCCUGUACUGAAACUCCACUAACGGGUCGGCGCUACUUAGCACGGCGUGGUGAGGAGUUGACGCCGGUGUCUGAAGCCAAGAACAGCCUUGCGAGGCUCGCUGCUUACCUCAGACAGGCAAAGGCCAAGCCCUCAAGAGAUCUACUCAAAUUAUUCACAGACUGUAAUGUAAAUAUAGAGGCAAUAGACACAAAUCUGGUGCAACCAUGCAACAAAUGGAUGGAGAAGUUCGCCAGCAGUUUGAGAGAGACCAACAGUGCUUCCAGCAACGAAACUAUAUCUUUCCGAUGCAAUAUGGUUACCUGUUUAUACUACAAAGUGUUUGAACAUAUAAUCAGAGAAGAACAUAGGAAAAAACCCCAAGUAUCCCUGAAUAUGUUGCUGACUCAAGAGACCUACCAGUUGGCAGUCUACGCUUGCUGUACAGAAAUAGUGCUCCAUGCAUACGGCGUUCAUUCGUUAAAGUUUCCCCGAGUGCUGCAGAUAUACGGACUCAGUGCCUUCCACUUCUACAAGAUUAUAGAGCUCGUUGUACAGGCGGUCGUGGAGAAACUCAGUAGAGAUGUUAUCAAACAUCUUAAUGCUGUUGAAGAAGAAGUGCUGGAGUCAUUGGUCUGGACAUCAGACAGCCCGUUAUGGGACCAACUUAGUAAAACGCCAGUACCCGCAUCACAGGAUGUUAAAGUUCACGAUUCGCCACAUCGCAGGAAUGGCCUACAAUCACCAGUUUCGGCAGCCAUCGACCGUUACCUAUCUCCGAUAGCAGAUCAGGCGAAAAAGCAGCUCUUCAAAGACCCUAUCAAACCAGGCCAGUCUUUACUAGUAGCAACAAACAAUACACCAGCCAGACAAGAGCCUAGCACCUCGCAGCCCACACCCAGUUGUUCAAACGGCGACAGCAACCCGUCCACGCCUAAGAAAACUAAUAACUCGCUAAUACUCUUCUUUAGAAAGUUCUACAGCCUAGCAGUGGUCCGUAUAAACGACUUAUGCACCCGACUGCGCCUCACCGACGAGGAGCUGAAGCGCAAGAUAUGGACGUGCCUCGAGUACUCCAUCAUGCAUCAGACGCAGCUCAUGCGGGACCGACAUCUCGAUCAGAUACUAAUGUGUGCUGUGUAUGUUAUAUGUAGAGUGUCAAACAAUCCUACAAAUCAAGUGGAGAGGACAUUUGCGGAAAUCAUGCGUUGUUACAGACAGCGGCCUUUAGCUGACAAUCAUGUAUACAGAUCUGUUCUGAUCAAACAAAGCCAAGGAGAGAGUUCACCAGAGAGAGGCGAUUUGAUUAAUUUCUAUAAUAAAGUUUACGUGCAAUGUAUGCAGAGCUUCGCGCUGAGGUUCACUGGAAAGCAUAAAGAUGAGUGCAGCCUGUCUCCGCUGCCGAGCGGGCGCGGCGCGGCGGCGUGGUCGCCGGCGGGGCAGCGCGUGUCGGAGCGGCACCAGCUGUACGUCAAGCCGCUCGUCACGCCGCCGCCGCACCACCACCACCUCACCUACCGCUUCAGCCGCAGCCCCGCCAAGGACCUGCAUGCGAUCAACACGAUGGUGUCGUGCGAAACGGGCGGGCUGACGGCGCUGGGCGUGAAGCGCGGCGCGGAGGCGGGCGGCGACGCGGGGAAGCGGCCGCGCCAGCACCCGCCCGCCGUCGUGCGCAAGCUGCAGGGCCUCAUGUCCGACCGCCAGGCUGUCUAGAGAUUCAACCGACUCCAUCCAAAUUAACGUUCGAGUUUAUUUACGUUCUUAGUCAUAUUUAUUUUGUUUCACUUAGUACCAAAAAUCGCUUCUAGCUCUCUAGCCGUCGUCUUUCCUUUUGUAAAAAUAUUUGAUUAUUUGACGAAUUUAACAAAAAAUAUGAAAUCAAUUGAAUUUGUUAAGGUUGACUACAAUGACUAAUGCUUUGUCACAAUUAUGAUAACGAGGUGCUGGUGCAGUUCCUCGCGUACUUAGCACCCACAACGUUGAGAAAAAUACACAUUGAUCUCAUUUUUAUUUAUGUCGAUAUACAUAAUAAUAUAGUAUUGAUAUGCCAUAACUUGAAUUUUGCUCAUCCUUACGUAAGAUUUAAGUUAUAAUGAUAAUGGAGUCUAUAAGGGCUGUGUCGGAAUGAAAUUGGUGUUUCUGAGGCAAGAACACUUAAUUGUUUUUAAUUACUAGAUUUCAAAAUGCUACCAACAUAUACCUACUUUUAAGUUUUUAUUUCAAUCUUAACACAAUGACUUUGCUUGAAGCAGACAUUUUAUUUUAUGCCAGAUUUUUUCAUAUUGUAGACUACCUAAACGGAGUUCCUCGCAAAUUUUGUUUACCCAAAUCUGACAUACUUUAGUUUCUUCCAUUAAUUGUAUUAUUAUUCCUUAGUUUGUAAGUAAUCAGAGAAAAUUAUAAAAUCAAUUUGUUUAAACUACCAAUCAAAAUUAAAUGAUUGUAUAUUUCGGACAUAAGCGCUAUAUAUCAUGUAUUCUAUUAGAUUUUACCCUUAGAUAGUAAAUAAAAGAUGUAUUCGA